AUGGCUGUGCCUGGAACAGAGCCCUUCUCCAUGUCGUGCGAGUCUCCCAGAAUGGACGAAUCGUCGCUCAGCGAAAUCGCCAGGGUGCUUGGUGACCGUCCAAGGAGGUCCAGAGAGGUGAACUCUUUGGUCACUAAUGACUCGAGCGGCUCCUUGAAGCGCAAUGGCGUCGAGUCUUCUGGCACGGACGGUGAAGGCCGCGCAGCGUCAUCCUCCUCCUCCUCCUCGUCGUCGUCUUCGUCGUCGUCGUCACUGUCCACCGUCGCGUUCUUCACGACCGUCUGCGGACUACUCUUCGUCACGCUGCUCGGCGCGUACCUGACGAACGCCAGGCGUCGCUUCGUCUCAAUCACCGACCUAGUCGUGUCGUGUCGAACCUCGGAGUGCAAGCUCGCGUCAGGAUACCUGUCGACGCUCGUCGAUCGCGACGUCGAGCCUUGCGACGACUUCUAUCAGCACGUGUGCGGCAAGUGGACCCGGGAGCGCGACGGCCUCAGCUUUCUGGGCGACGCCUUCCAGAGGUACCUGGCCGACCUGCGUCGCCGGCUCACGUCGCCGGACGUGGAGAGGUCUUCCGUGCACCCCAAGUUGCGCUCGGGUCUCGUCGUGGGAAGCCGCUUCGUCCAGGACUGCUUCCAGUACAUGGAUGAACCGGAACCAGACGUGAAGCAAGAAGUCGCCUCGAUCCUCGAGGUGCUGGACUUCUCGGCCAUCCUGGGCUCGGAGACGUCCUUCGACGCAUUGUUGCAGGCGCUGUCGCUCUCCUUCACCACGGGUCUCGCCUCCCUGGUCGGGAUUCGGAGACGGAAGUCGGGAGAUCGCGUUUUCCUGCAUAUCUACGGCGCGAGCUCCAUCCGAGAAGAACUCCUGCCGGAGGCGACGGACGGCGCGCUCUUGUCUUACCUUUACAAGGUCGUCCGCGCUGCGUCCGGAGACAGCGCCCGCAGCGACGUCCUCGCAAGCUCGUUGCUAGCCCUGGACGUCGCGUUGGUACAGAAGUCGCACUCCUCGCGUUCGCCCGGUGACGAAGAAGACGACGACGUGUGGCUGCACGUUACCGACCUGAUCGGAGACGCCGGCUUUCCCGCCGGCUUAUGGGACGUCGCCUUCGGCUCUUUUAAGGCCAACGAACCCGUACGCGACCACGACAACGCCGUACUGUUCACGAGGUUGAACGUGUCGCGGUUGGUGGCCCGGCACCUGGAGGGGACCAUGGUCAACGUCACCGCCUGGUAUCUGGUCGCAGCCACGCUAUCCCGCGCCCUGCGUCUCGACUUCGUCAAGCGGUUCGGCGGCAACUAUCCGUACAGGUCCGAACAUCUUUGCCUGGACGCGGCGACUAGGGCACUGGAGCCCGACUGGCCUCUGGUGCUGGCCGGGUUGGCGUUCCCACACGCAGACUUCGGGGGCGCCGAUGUGCUCUUCGACGGCGUCCGCCGCGCCUCCAUGGCGACGACGCCCGAUUGGCUGGACAACGUCACGGCGAGGAGGAUGCGUAACAGGCUGCGACACGUCACACUUACGUCAUUCGCCACGAGUUUCGAGAGGGACAACGCGACGAUGGCCGAGGCCGGCGGCAGCUUCGUGCGGGGGAACCGCAGCUUUCUGGCACACUACGUGGCACUGCACCACGUCGGCCAGGAGGCCUCCAUUCGCUAUCCUCCGGACGGUCUCAAGGGGGCCCUGUCGUCCGUCGAGCUGCGUGGUCGCGUCGUCUACAGCGACCUGUACGCCACGGUGUUCCUGCCGCUGGUCUAUCUCAGGCACCCCGUCUUCUACAACGCCUCGGUGGCCUCGUACUACAACUACGGCACCCUCGGCACCGUCCUGGCAAAGGAGCUCGCCGAGGCGGUGUCCCCGUUCUCCCACGGCGACGACUUUGACGACUUCGGAAAGGACGACAGAGAAAGCGGCAACGCCACCAGAGGCUCUUCUCUCUGGUCCGAGGCGUCUCGGCGCGAGUUCUCCUACCGCAUAGGCUGCUACAGGGCGUUCGAAGACCACUUCCACAAGGGCCGCCCCCAAGACGUGGACUGGAUGACGACGCCCCUGAAACGGAACCUGUUCGCGUGGCUCCGCGCCGCCAGGGUCGCCUACGAGGCCAUGAAGGCGGACUACGUGACGUGCACGACGCGCGGAGGAACAGCGCCGGACCGCGUCACCGCUGCGUUGUGGAAGUCCGCGCAGAUGGUGUUCUUCCGCCGCUUCUGCCUGAUAGCAUGUGGCCUGGACCGCACGGAGCCGCUGAGCGCCCGCGACAGGUGCCACUGGCCGCUGCUCAACAUGGCCGAAUUCGUGGACGCAUUCGGCUGUCCCAACAACUCGUUCAUGGCGUCCAGGCAGAGCUGCCAUUUUCUGUAGAUGUAGUAGUCUCGCGUGAUGUCACGGGCGCAUCAUCUCACCGUGCUGAUACCCAAAGAUGACGUCAGUGUGUAUAUCAUCACGUGUGUAUCACUCAGAGCUAGACGGUUUAUCACUACUAUGAUAUAUAUGCGUCUAUUGGCGCCAGACGUAUCUGUCGUGUGGU